AUGCUAAACUUGACCCCUGCUAGCUCGCCGAAAUCCGAAGAAUGCGAUGACUAUCAUGAAACAAUCGAGUAUGUCCAGCCUCAGCUACGGCAUGGCAUACAUAAAGAGCAAUCCGCCUCGAAGCGGUUCAUCUCCCCAACGAUCAAGCUUCCUGAAGCCUUCAAUAGAGAGGAGAAGAAAGAAAAAAUGACCCGACUCUUCCAAAUCGUCCGCCCAGCUUUCAAGUGCUCCUACCAGAUAAUCCCAGACGGCGAGGAGCCUCUCUACAAGGUCAAAAACUUGCCGUACCACAAGGGCGGCAAACCUGAUCUCGCGCUACUCGACGGCCCCGACGAGACGGCGCCCGUCCUCAUCGUGUGCCAUAUGCCAAAAUUAUCACGACACUUCAAGAUUGGAUUCGGCGAUCCCACAGGCCCCGAGCCCAUCGUAUGGGAAGACUUCAUCAAGCCCAAACUGGGCAGCCUCGAGCGGAAAAUCUCCGUAUCCUUCUCAGGCGACGGGCACAUUGUCGAGACGGGCCAAGGUGAGCGAGAAGAGUUCACAUGGAAGCGCACCCGUCAUGUCAGCGUCCUAGGGAAGAAGUCUCGCGCCGCCAGCCUACACAACAGAAAGCUCGUCGACGAACAAGGCAACAUUCUCGCAAUCUUCACUCACGCGACAGCCAUUGGAGUCGCGGGAUGGCUCCAGAUCGAAGUCGACAGAGGGCGCGACUUUGACCUCAUGGUCAUGAUGACGGCGUUGUCCAUCCAUGAGUGGAUGAGGCGGCAAUAA